UGUUCUGAAGCUUUUUUCAAUUUUUUUUCUCUGUUCUCCUACGCCUUUGAGAACCGAAGUAAGAAGAACUGUGAUUCUGAUUCUGUCUCCGUCGCUGCGACGUCGUUUUCAUUCCGAACCCCACACCCUUCAACGCUAUUCUUAUUCUGAUCGCAGAAUGAAGUCUUGAAAAUUGACUUCCUUAGUAUUCUAGAUUAGUGGAACAAGGGCUGUGGGUGAGGAUGAAUUUGGAACAAAUUGGGCAGCAGCCUAAAUCAUCUAAUGGUUACAUCCGUCGGAAAUCUGAGAAAGAAGGGGCAACUAAGUCUGAUUAUAAGAUCCCCUCUGGAAAGUCAAAUGCCACCAGCAGAUUAGCGGGUACAGGUAUAGUGACUGACAGUAAAGGUGUCGGUUAUGGGAGUCCUUCACAUGAUCGACUAGUAUAUUUAACAUCAUGCCUUAUUGGGCAGCAUGUGGAAGUCCAGGUGAAAAACGGAUCUAUAUACUCUGGAAUAUUUCAUGCAACAAAUACUGACAAAGAUUAUGGAAUCAUUUUGAGAAUGGCUUGUUUGACAAAGGAUGGCUCCUUGCAAGGACAGAGAUCUGGUUUCAGCAAAGCUCCUUCUAAGACUUUAAUUAUCCCUUCUAAUGACCUUGUACAAGUUAUAGCAAAGGAUGUUUCUUUUUUCAGAGAUGACCAAACUAGUGCACCUCACUAUGACAUGCAUCAUGAGAUAAUGGUUGAUUCGGUAAUAUCUCAAUCUCGUCAUGUAGAGACGGGCAGAGAAUUACAGCGAUGGGUACCCGAUGAAGAAGAUCCAGAAUGCCCUGAACUGGAAAAUAUCUUUGAUGGCCCUUGGAAUAGGGGAUGGGAUCAGUUUGAAACAAACAAAAUGUUAUUCGGUGUAAAAAGCACAUUCAAUGAGGAGUUAUAUACAACAAAGCUUGAAAAAGGACCCCAGACAAGAGAGUUGGAAAAGCAAGCUUUAAGAAUUGCAAGAGAAAUUGAGGGUGAGGAAACCCAAGAUCUCCAUCUAGCAGAGGAAAGAGGCCUUUACAAUAACUUUGAUAUUGAUGAAGAAACCAGAUUUUCUUCCGUCUAUAGGGGUAACAUUGCUGAUGAUGUUGGAUACGAUGAAGAUGAGGACAAGUUGGAUUCACAUAGUUCUGAAAGGUUUGAUAAUAUUUAUGGUUUAGUCAACAAGAGACCAGGCGAAGUAAGUGGUCAGAAAGGCAAUAAUGGAGCUCAAACAUGGCCUAAUUUCUCCUCUGUGGAUCACUCGGAGUUACCCCAGUCAACUACUGCUAUGGAUUUGUGUCGUUCUGGUUCUAAUGAUCAUGCUAAGCAGUUAGCUUCUGAACUCCCUGCCCAGAGUUGCUCAUUUUCAGAUGGUGAAAUCAGGAUUCAGGAGAACUCGGCUAGUAACCUACAUGGAGCCACUGAUAAUACUGCGGAAGAAAAUUGGAUACAAGCAGAGGAUGUCCAACUGUCAAAAUCUCAGGAUUUAAAGUCAUCACUUGAGUCCAAGAACAAAAGUUCUAAGGAAGAGGGUUUAUCUUUUAAUGGGCCCUCCUGUGCUCCUUCUACUCAUAUUUUAUUGAAGACUCCUGAAGAAACUGUGUCGGUUGGGGGAACAAAGUCUGUAAUUUCACGUGGAAGACAAGGUAGUUCUACAUCAACCUCUGGUCCGGGUCUAUCACCAAGUUCUUCGGUUGGUUCCCUGUCUUCGGAAAAGUCAACUCUGAAUCCCUAUGCCAAGGAGUUCAAACUGAACCCCAAUGCAAAGAGUUUUAUGCCAUCCCAAGCACAUGCUAGGCCCCGCUCCCCGGUGUCUGAUGGUUCCUUUUAUUACCCAGCUACUGUAUCUACCGUACCAAAUAUGCCAGCCAUGCCUAUGGGUAUUGGAGUUGGAACUACUUUUGCUGGGCCACAACCUGUUAUGUAUAAUCCACAAGUGGCACAAAUGCCAUCACAGCCAUAUUUUCAUCCAAACGGACCACAGUAUGGACAACUUCUGGGUCAUCCUAGGCAAGUUUUAUAUGUGCCAAGCUUCCAACCUGAGAUGCCGUAUAAAGGACGGGAUUAUUGACUCCAUGCUUGGCACUUGCAUCUUUGCCUGAAAAGAAUGAACAGUGUGAUGGCUUAAAGAAUUUCAAAAGAUAAGAAUAUCAGCAGCUUAUGGGAGAAUUUCCAUAAGAGUUUGGUAAUGCUGGGCUGACUUAUUAUCGGAUAAAAGUUAUUUUCUGUUAUACUCUCUCGUACAUCUUCUGAGAUUUCUCAGUUUUCUGUCAUGUAAUACUCAGAUUGACAUUUCCCCAUUAGUAUUAUUAUUGUGCAACUUUUACUUUAA